UCCGACUGUACGUGAACGCACCGGGACAGCGAGCAGGUAGAGUGACAAUGAGCUCCCUGGGGAGCGACAGAGUCCGGGAGAUAAACUUUUGGGACGGUGUCACGUUUGCGCUCUUGUGUCUCACGUUAAAUGCGGACUACGUGGACACCGGACUACUGUUAUGCUUCGCGUUUACUGUCGUUAUUUAGUUUUCUGCUCACAUGUUUAUGAUGUUGAUGAGUUCUCCUCGGUCGGUGUUCCCAGGAGGGUCGUCUCUAAUUUCUCACCGUGCAGCGGAGACUCCCCGGUCCGUCUGGGUUCCUCACAGCCGUUUAGUUUAGCUUGAAAGCCGAAUAUUGAACCCAAAUUACUGGCUGUUUUAUAGAAGCCCCUCUGGUUUCAGACUCGGUUUAGUUACAGCGUUAUAAAGACAACUGUCCGCAUGUUCUGGUUAAUAAUUAGAUUGAAGGGAGUACAAAACUGAAUUUCUUCGAGGAUUUUUCCCCCCCUCUUCCAAGUUCCUCGGCUGUAAAACACAUUGCACAACUUUUCUGCUCCUCAUUUAUCUGCCAGCAUGACUUCCAGCUCCCUGGCGGCAACCUGUAGCUCAGCCUUUGAAGUUCAAGUCGCGUCUCUGAACAGUUUUUGGUGGAUUUAUCCAGAAAAUGUGGCGCACGGUGGACGGGCUCGCGGCCCAAGUGGCGUUUGGUGCCUCAAAAUGUGAUCGGGAGAAGGUACAGUGAUUUACGGAUACAGUAUGGCCAGGACCAGGCUCUUUGGACGGGGAUUCAUCAGCUAAUCUACCAGAAACUGAAUGAGAGGAGUCUUCAGAAAAACCGCCUCUGGAUUUAAGUGUUUUGAUCUGUUUUCCUCACGUCUGCAAGCUGCAGAGUUUAAAUAUUAACUCUGAAUGGAAGUUCUGGUGGAAUUCAUCCAGCUUUGAUCGUUUUGAUUAUUUCUAUUGAGCAUUUUGGGACAGGAAAAGGUGCAAAUAACAUUAUUGAAAAAAAAAAAAAGACCUGUGUACUGAACGUUAGUGCUUUGAAGUCCACCAUGUGCGGCUGGGCACCGCCGCUCCAGCCGAGGCCAUGACCGCCCCUCCGCGGCGUCUGGCCGGGCUCUGGCCGUGGCUGGUCAUGGCGGCCCUGCAGGUGGUGCUGGGCCAGCAGGGCCCGGAGUCCGAGCGGUCGGCGCUCCGAGCGGGCAUCAAGGUGACGCUGGUCCAUUACGAGACGACUGGGGAGCCAAUCAUUUUGGAGGGGGAUUUCGUAGGAGGAAGUGCCGGCAAAGCGGAGGGGAAGCUGAUGCAGUAUCACCCUUUGUCUCUGUGCAACACGAGCGAGGAUGAACGACAGGACAGUGCCUUCAUCACCAUCGUCAAACUGGAGCACAGGGUGGCUCGCUGCCUGCCGCUCAUCGACAAGGCUCGCAUGGCGCUGGAGAAAGGAGCUCAGGCUGUGAUCUUUGAUAUCAGUGACGACGCCAAUGCUGCUUCUGAGUUUCUGGAGACAGAGUCCCUCCCCCAUCCAGUUGUUCUGGUGAAGGGGGACAACGCAGAGAAACUGAUGGGUUUGGUCAACAAAAACGAGGAGGCCAAUGUGGUUAUUGAGAUCAAGAUCGAGACGCGGCCCAGUUAUGACAUGACUAUCCUGCUCACCAUCAUCCUGGUUAUUCUCACCAUCGUCCUGAUCUUUGCUUUACGCUACAAGUGCAAGUCCAACAGAACCUGGGACUCUGUUCACCAGCAAACCAUGCGGGCCAUCAAUCGACUGGAGACCAGAACGUAUCGCUCCCAGAGCUGCUCGCAACGCCAUCGCGGGGCCUGGGGCUCAGCCAGCAGCUCCAAUUCCAGCCCUGUCUGUGCCAUCUGCCUGGAGGAAUUUCAGGAAGGGCAGAAUCUGAGGAUUAUUUCCUGCGCUCAUGAGUUCCAUCGAGAGUGUGUGGAUCCCUGGUUGCUGCAGCAUCGCACCUGUCCCCUCUGCAUGCGCAACAUCAUGGGAACGGAGCGUCAAGCUCAGAGGACAAGACCCCAGCAGAGUUCAGAGCAAAGCCAGAGGUUCCUGCACCCCCAGCCUUACAGCACCCCUCACAGCCACCUGUUUCCCCAGCACGCCAUCCCCUUCUCUAUGAGGCCCCACUAUCCCAGAGGACCUUCUGGGCCUUACCCCAAUCUGGGCCACUACAGUGGCUCUGCUCCCAUGGACAGUCAAACACUACACUUCCUCAGCAGUAGGCAGUUGGGUGCAGGGUGUGGGUACCACCUUCCUGUGGAGGUUCCAGGGAGGCCCCACCGGAUUGGAGGGAACUGCAGGACUUCUAACCAUCACUACUUCUCUCGUCGGUCCUGCAAUAACUACCGCUCUUCUUGUCCCGCACAGAGAAACACAUCUGGCUCCAGACCGCAGCACAAUGUCUCAGUCACACCACCGGGCCAUGGAACGGUGGCCCGCAGUCGGCAGGACGAGGGGAGCUGUUCUGGUGGCAGCUACCACACAGAACGCAGUGGGUACUUGGCCGAUGGCCCAGCAAGUGACUCCAGCUCUGGUCCCUGUCACGGCUCUUCCAGUGACUCAGUUCUCAAUUGUACUGAUGUGUCCCUGCAGGGAGUUUAUGGCAGCUGGUCCACUUUCCGUAGCUCUCUGAGCAGUGACUAUGAUCCGUUUGGGUAUUACGGGGCAGGUCCUGGGCGUAGCCCUCGCAGGAACAGCCUGGAGGCUGGGGCCCAGGUCCGGCCCAGGUCUCUGGAUUCUGUGGUAAACAAAGAAGGCUGCCUUGAAGAGCAGCCACAGACUGUGUUCAGCCACAUCCACUACCAUCGCCACAGACACCACCACUACGAGGAGGGGGAGCACAGCCAAGGCCUGACCAGAGGAUCUGAUGAGGAGCAAGGGGCUUGUGCUGCUGCAGCUGGUCCCUCUGCUCCCAUCCUGGACAAAGACUCUUCUAUGUGCCCCCCAAAGCACAGCCCUUGUCACUGUUCCAAGCCAGACCCCACUGACCGGCCCAGUCCUGGGACAGAGUGUCAGGACAGAGACCCCACAGGACCUCCUGUCCUUAUGUCCUCCAUUCCCUUACAGCUCCAGCCCCGUUGCUGCCACCAAGGACACGGACACCCUCCUGCUCCUCUGGGACGAGUGGGAGGCUGUCUGAUUGACGGCCCCUCUGUUCGCUUCCACCAGAGCCUGGACAUGCAGGACGAUCAUAGCAUCCAUAUCCACUACGGUCAGAGUUCGGGAUUCUGCUGCUCUUCGGAGCUGCACCCGGCCCUGCUCCCCGUGCCCCUCAUUCUGGACUCGGCAGGGAUGGAGGAGUGGCCUUGCUGUGCCGGAGCCCAUGUUGUGUGGCAGAAACAGGUGCAGCAGGCCCACUCAGAGCCUCAGCUCAUGGGUCCUGGGACUUCUAUGGACAGACCUCCCUGCAGGUCUCAUCACCACGGGUUCGCUGCGGACCGCACCACAGACAUCUGUUUAUACUGCCAGUCAUUACAGAACAAUCAGGGAUCAGAAGAAGAGUCUGGGGUGUGAGAACUUGUUGCAUCAAUUUUUGCUAAACAGGAGCCAGAAUGGAAAAGCUUCUCACAAAAAUCCCGCCAGCAGUGCCUUUGUUGGAGUGACACCCUCUCAUUUUAGAAUAGCAGUCAUUUCUUUCUGAUAUUUAACAUGACUACACACUUUAUGAUGUCAAUAUGUGAAGAUGUGUUGUGUCAAGGGGAAGUGGCUCUCACGCCACUAAAGGUUCCUUCAGCUCAGUUUGCAGUCACAAGUUCCCAUGAUCCUUGGCGACAACCAACCAAUGAAUGAUCCUGUUUGGGGUGUUUAGCCCACAUGAAGUGAAACUGCAUCCCUUCAUCAGUUGUUCCUUUGACAAAACCACUUGAUCCAUCGUAAAGGUACCAAGCUUUCAUCCUUCGCUGAGUCCAGUCUCAGCUGAGAGAAACCCUUCUCUCCAGCCUACCUCAGCUCAAGCUUCUUAACUCGCCUAACCUUUAAAGGUACUGCUGUAGUGGAUUUCUUUUACCUUUCUUCUCACAGCUUGUGUAGCUUCCACAAACUGAACAGAAAGUUAUCCUCUUGACAGUCCAAGUCCCUCAGCCCCUUCAGAAACAAGAAUUCGCCAAGGUUCCUCGGCCUCAUGCAGGCCUCGUUUUCAUUAUUUCAACAAUGGCAGCUGUUUUCAUCUUUGUCUUUUUUUUUUUUUUUUUUUUUUUUGUAGUUUGAAACUUUUUUAUGCUUCAGACAAACUGGUCUGACUGAAUAACAACUUUGUCAUUACAAGCUAUAGCCACAUUUUUGUUGUUUGUCAGGUUACUUCAGUGCUGUUAUGGUCCUUGGGCAGCAGCCCAGUCAGAAGGAUGACAAUCAGAUCUUCUGUUCUUCUUACUCAUUGUGUUGUGGUUUAUUGUCUUUUGCAAAGUGUUUCUUGUCUUCCAGAUUUUAGAGUGAUAGGGAAGUGUUUUACAGCAACUACAUAAAGAAAACAUCUCUCUUGUCUCUAAGGAAAGCCGUGCCAUGCAGAUGUAAAAUGUUAGCUCACUGUCGGUGACGCCAGUUUUAUAAAAACUUGUUUUUUUAAUGAUAAUUUCUAACAAAAAUGGGCAGAGCCUGAUAAAUGUCUCAGGACCAGUCAGAAUUCUACAAAAAUAUCUUUCUGAAAUCAAAAAUGUUUUUUUAUUCUUUAAAUAAAGAAUUUGCACAUUUUGACAAAUUAAUAUUCAAAACAAACUUAAAAAAAGAAAAUUGAUUAAGUUUAAAGUGUGUGUUACCUAGUAAACCCAUAUAGCUGCUUAAAUAGGCAGACUAUGUAAAUGAAACCUUGCUGUGCCAUUUAAAUCUGGAUUUAACUGCAAAAAAAAAAAAAAAAGCUGAGAUGGAAAAUAAAAUCUGUUUAAAUUCUCUGAAACCCAUUAAACAGAAAAAUGGAUUAUUUUGUUGUUUGCAGACAGUCAAAGGGCUUUUGGGUAUUACGGCAUAGCCAGUAGCACUUAUAAAUCCUCGCAUGUGCCUUAAUUAUUCAUUCAAUCUCUAUCAGUAGACUCCCAACACGUAGCUCUUACCUGUCAAACCAAAGAAGCGUUAUAAGGAUGAUAUCAUGUAUAACGUUACAGUAAUUAUUUGAGGCAAUCAUGCAAAAUGCAUCAGCUGCAGUUAUAUUUUUUGACAAAUACCUCACUUGGAAUGUGUUGGCACAGCUUUUCUUUAUAUAAAACAUGAGGAUUUCCUGUUUUGUGCCCAGACAGUCCCAGGGACUGAGAUAAUGACUGAAUUUUAAGCAGCACUUUUGCUUAAGCAGAUUGUAUUUGUCAAAAACAACAAAUGACAUCAGUGUAAACCAGCCCAUAAUCAUCAGCUUGUAGCAUUUACCUCUGAAUGGUGGUGUGUCAUCCUGUUCUGGCUCUUUCUCAUUGUUUGUUUGUUUUUCUUCUGUUUUGCAAGAAUUAUGAGCUGGAACUGCCUUUUUUUAGUAAAGUAAAGUAAAGAAUAAAGGUCCCUCCAGAACUCUAAGGGAUAUUGUAUGUCAGUAUAUUUUGGAUACUUUUGUGUAAAAGAAAAAGAGAACAACAAACCCAGAAAUGAAAUAGUGUUGUAUUUUAAAUAUAUAUAUAUAUAUAU